AGCGCGCGCCCGCUAGAAUGACGCUGGACUUCCCCAAAACGGCGUGUGUCCUCUCCUCUCUCUCUCAUUCGCUCUUCUCCUCCCCCUUGAACACUCCUCUUCUCCCUCCUUCUCUUUCCCAACUCUACCUCUCCUGUCCACAUCUUCGCCCUCACUCCUACCCUACCUCUCACGCGCGUGCACGCGCUCACAAGUGCGCGGGGACUGCAGCAGCGGGAGAUAAGCGAUCCUCCUCACAUCCGCGUGCGUGCGUGCGUGAUGUGAGAGUCCCUCCGUGUGAGGUGGACAGGGAUACCCUUCUGGACCCUUCCGGAAUUUGAGCGCUCCUUUCAAGCUCCUUUAGAGGGGAGGGAGGGUGGGGGGUUCUUUUUCCUAACACUUCCAAACGCCGUGGAUGUGCAACACCUUGACACGCGCUCUCCCAGGGCUUGCGUGAGCGUGUGCGUCUGCGCGUGAGCCACUCCAGCCGAGCCAAGCCAAGGAGCACCUCCUUCAUCAUCUGCUGCAAAGCCGGUUAGAAAGCGCAUGGCUGGGCUCGACGCGCCUCCCCAGAGUGAUCCGCUACAGCAAACGGCAAUGUCCCAGCGCCACGCGAGGCUCACGCUGCUCCUCUCAGGGAGUGAUGGUCAGUAAGGAGGCAGGCCGCUGUGCCCUGUCGAACUCUGAGUCGGACUCGGAGUGCGCAGGUCCGACCCUGGGAGAAGAGGGUGGUGGGCGUGGGGACGCAGUACGCAAGAGGAACAAAGCCUUGCAGGUCCGCUUCAAGGACAUCUGUGAGGCUCAGAAUGAGGCAGCUCGUCUAGCCCGAGGAACCAGGGGGCGCUCCGUCUCGUGCAAGGUCGUGCACAGGAGGUACAUGACCAUGCCGGCGCGCCGAUCCAUCCCCAAUGUAACCAAGAGCACUGCUGUGCAAACCUCACCGGACCUUAAGAAGCGCUAUCAGACCUUCCCCUUUGAGCGUAAGAAGGGGCACACUAUCAAACACACAGCUCUGGUAGAGAACUACCAGGGCCAGAACAAUGGGUUCUUGAGUGAUGUAAAAGGUACAGAGGAGGAAAGGCCUUGCGGCGGCAAGAUACAAAAGACUCGGGUACUUUUGCACAGCAUGCCUCCAUGCAGUGAUGUGCAAGACUUGUGUGCAGGAUCUGAUUGCCCAGAUAGCGAUCUCUGCCCUGAUCCCUCAUGUCGAGGUAGGGAUGCAAACACAAACUCUGACCAGACAGAUUCAAGGAAGGAGGGCAGUUCCCAAGGAUCGAAGCACAAUGAGGGUGAGGUGGGGGCAGGGCAAGAGCGUAAUUGCGCCAAGAGCUCCUCCUCCACUUCCUCGACACAACCUCUGCAGGACAGGGGUAGUACUUCAAAGGUUACUGGCCCCAUUGCAUGGACGUCUUUGACGCAAGUGGAAUGUCUGGAAAGUCCCUCUGUGCGGUGCAAGCGCAAGAAAGAGACUGCACAGAUCAAUGGUCUGCAGUCGCAGACCAUCCCACAUGCAGCCAGUUGUUCAUCCCAGGAAGCCACCCAGGCUCACUACCAUGGCAGCCAUGCCUUUGGUAGCACAGCUACCCGGGAAGAUGUGGCAGGGCAAGGGUAUGGGCAGGUGAUUCCACUUCCUGGGGCAGAAGGGGACGUGAAAGCAAGGCUGCAGGCCAUGGAGACUCUAAUCAGCUCCAGCCAGGAGACCAUCAAAGUGCUGCUAGGGGUCAUUCAGGAGCUAGAGAAAGGAGAGGCACAGCGGGAAGGCAGACUGUCAUACCGGACUGGGCAGGAUACAGCCAACUGUGACACGUGCCGGAACAGUGCCUGCAUCAUCUACAGCGUGGAGCUGGACUUUAAACUGCAAGAGGAUAAACUCCAGCCACUGAUGAAAAGACUGUGUCCGACAGUGGACCCGCCCUACCCGUCUCUGCCUUACUCACACGAAGUGAUCACGUCCACUCCCAAACGCAAGUCCAAGAGCGAGGCCAAGAAGCACGCACGCUGGAAACUGUGGUUCCUCUGAUGGAUGGACUUUUUGAAUGGUUUUCUUGGAUUGUCAUGGAUUUCCGGCAUCCAUGCGCCAUCAGGCUAUAAGAACAUUCAAAGCCCAAUCUGUCUAAUUCCACACUGACAAAUGGAUGUGACGGAGAAGCCACAAUCCACUGAUCUGUGAUUGUAGCACCGCGGGCUGCUGUCAGCAAUUGGAUUUUAACAAGGAAUAACAUUUGUUUUCAUUCUGUAAUCUUUGAUAAACCCUGAGGAACUGCUGAGAAUUCACCUGCUAUCAUUGUUAACCAAAAAGGAUAUAUAAUUAAUUCGCAAGGGGCCCGUAAAGCGGAACAGAAACUUCAAAGCUAAAAGCUAGCUCACCACAAUGCCAAUUUGGAAGCGCACCAUCAGAGGCAUCUAAUCAGCAAAGCACAAACUUUGGGAAAUAUAAAAAGGACAUUUCAUUUAAAACCCUUGCUUUCCGUUCGUCUUUCUUGCGUUCUAUGGCAAAUGUUUUGCCCAUUAUUUGGCAGAAAAGGGGUUUAAAUAAAACAAAUGUUAAUAUUCUAAGUUGUUCUGAAAGACAUGAUGUGUGAAUGCAGAAUCAAUUAACUGCAUGCACCACAGCAGAAGACCAUAGAGAUAUUUUUCAUAAGAAAAAAUGUUAAGGACAAUUAAGUAAUUAAGUCUGUAGUUUAAACGUAAUAAAUAAUUCAAUUUCCCUGUAAGUAUUCAUGAAAAAACUGAUUUCUAUAAACAAUAUUGACUUUUUUCUAUUUUAAACGACAGCCUGUCUUUCACACUAAACAAUGACUGUGGUAAUACAGAGACUGCAGAUUUUCCAAACAUGAAGCAAUGAAGCAAAGCAUUGUAUCGCUACAGGCUAAUUUAAAUGCUUUGUACAUUUUGCAGUGUCACUUAAGUCAACAACGAAAACCCUGGUCUUGCAUCUGUGCGUAGCUGUCUGACAAUACAAUCCUCAAAACCUUAAAACCUGAAGAGGGAAAUGAUACUGGUGACAAAAAGAGGGCUAUGUAAAUAUCUUAUUUAUAUUAUAUUAUAUUUUAGACAGUCAUUUCCUUGACAGCUUUGUAUUUGCUAAAAAAAAACUGACCUUCCUUCAGACCACUGCCUAGCCUAUUUCUACUCCAGUGCCAAAUAUAGUAUUUUGUUAGCACUCCACUAAACACUGGAGGAGUCAACACCAUCUAUACUCUUAAAAAUAAAGGUGCUGCAAAGGGUCUUUUGGUGUGAUGCCAUAGAAAAAAAACUAAUGAACUUUAACAGACUACUGAAUAAUGAUGAACUGUUUUUGUAAAACAUUUUUCCUUUUCAAAGAAUCACACCAAUUUUUGAAAAGUUCUGGAAAAAUUAAAUCACUGAAACGUAAACAAAAUCAUUCAGUGUGGAGUGAUGUGAAACGUUUACUUGUAGAGAAACUUAUCAAGGGACAUCUUCACAGAGGUGGUGAUAGGAACCAGGGGCCAUAAUACAGAACCUUUCUAUCUUUUUGUCUUAAGAUCAAGAUAAGGUCAAGAUCAAGAUAAGAUUUUCCACAAAUUCAUUUACAGAAGCAAAUCUCAUCUUCAUUUAGGUAUCUUAUCUUACAACAUACACUACAUUUCCAAAUGUAUUCGAUUGUCUGCCUUCUUAUGAAAUUCAGUGACAUCCUAUUCUUAAUCCAUAGGGUUUAAUAUGAUUUUGACCCACCUUUUGCAGCUAUAACAGCUUCAACUCUUCUGGGAAGGCUUUCCACAAGGUUUAGGAGUGUGUUUAAUGGAAUUUAUGACCAUUCUUCCAGAAGUGCAUUUGUGAGUUCAGUCACUAAUGUUGGACGAGGAGGCCUGGCUCACAGUCUCCGCUCUAAUUCAUCCCAAAGGUGUUUUAUUGGGUUGAGGUCAGGACUCAAGUUCUU